AUGCCGAACUGGGGAGGUGGAGCCAAAUGUGGCGCCUGUGAAAAGACAGUGUACCAUGCCGAGGAAAUCCAGUGCAACGGAAGGAGCUUUCACAAGACGUGCUUCCUCUGCAUGGCUUGCAGAAAAGCUCUGGACAGUACCACAGUAGCAGCUCACGAAUCUGAAAUCUACUGCAAAACUUGUUAUGGGAGAAAGUAUGGGCCCAAGGGUAUUGGCUUCGGACAAGGGGCAGGAUGUCUCAGCACCGACACUGGUGACCAUCUAGGCUUGAAUCUGCAACAGGGGUCACCAAAGUCUGCUCGUCCUUCGACACCAACUAAUCCUUCAAAGUUUGCCAAAAAGAUGGUAGAUGUGGAUAAAUGUCCCCGUUGUGGCAAAUCAGUUUAUGCUGCAGAGAAGAUCAUGGGAGGAGGAAAACCUUGGCAUAAGACGUGCUUCCGCUGUGCUAUUUGUGGGAAGAGUUUAGAAUCUACAAAUGUUACAGACAAAGACGGAGAGCUCUACUGUAAAGUUUGCUAUGCAAAAAAUUUUGGUCCCAAAGGAAUUGGGAAAAACUUGUGA